AGUUUAAUCAGUAGUGAGCGAGACAUGCAUUGAAUGCUACUGUAAAAAAAUGUCGAGAACGGAACAUAAUAUGAUGUAGUUUAUUUAUUGCUUUAGUUACCAAAUUAACGAUAUUUUAUACAGACUCGAUUUAGCCAAGUUCAACGUUGUAGCUGUCGCGCUCCAUAUCAUCUAACUUAGAAUGUACUCACGUUCAAAUCUAAUGAUUUAAGUUAAGCAUUUCAUAGUUAGUCAACAUAUUGAGCCUAUCUAUGGAUACUGCCAUAUAGCCUAGCCUAGUUUUGCUGAGAUUUCGAGUACACUAAUCGGAGUUAAUAUUUAUUGUUUCGUUUACCCCUGACGAUGAGAUUUUGGCCGCAUUAUUUUUCAUCCUGAUGGCUUCGCGUGGGAUCAAGAAAAGAUGUUCAAAGCUUUCAGCUUGCAUCUCCGUCUUCUCUCUGCUUAUUCUGGCAUUUGGAAUCGUGUUGAUUGUCACCCGUUUCCCUCAGAAGUAUAUAGAUGAACAGUUCAAAAAUCAUGUUAUCAUCAGUUUAGAAUCCCCAAAUUUCCAUAUAUGGAUCGAACCUCCUCCUCCGAUAUAUAUGAUGUAUUACAUAUUCAACGUCACUAACAAGGAUGAUGUCAUUAAAGGAGGAAUACCGAAUCUUGUAGAGCUUGGUCCUUAUGUAUAUCGCAUGUACGUGCCUCGAUAUAAUGUCGCCUUUUAUGUGAAUGACACGGUGGCUUCUGAAACCAAUCAUACCUUAGUCUUUCAGCCUCAUCUCUCCAAUGGAACAGAAAAAGAUAUCGUUUACCAUGUUAAUAUGCCUCUGGCGACUAUAGCUGAAAUGAUAGAAACCAUGGAUAUGCCUCCCAUUGGAAACAAGAUUUUCGCAAAAAUUCUUGAUAUAAUCGGCGAAAAAAAUCUUUUUGAACGCCAUACGGUGACGGAAGUACUGUUCGGCUACGUCGAUCCAUUUUUCAAUACAUUGAAUAUGUUGAUGUCUCUAAUCGGAAAGCACUACGAUCCAGUUUUUGCACCUUUCCAUGGCUUCAAUAACACGGGGGAUGGAGUUUAUUUAACUUAUACGGGACAAGACGAUUAUAGCAAAACAAAUGAAAUUCACAAAUGGAAUGGGAUGGAAUAUUUGAAUUUUUGGACUUCGAAACAAGCAAACAAAGUAAACGGAACUGAUGGAUCGUUGUUUCGUCCACUCGUAGAGAGAAAUGAUACGAGAUACAUAUUCUUUUCCAGUAUGUGUCGAUCUCUAAAAUUGACGUAUGAAAGUGAUACCACUGUGAAAGGCGUGGACACUUUACGCUUUCAUUUUGCCGAUGACCUGUUAGCAAAUGCCACAGAGCAGCCUGAUAAUGCAGGAUUUUGUGUACCUGCCGAUAACUGUUAUGAUAAUGGUGUCAUGAACGCUAGGCCGUGCCUGCAAAACGCACCUGUACUUUUUUCUCUGCCACACUUUUACAAUGCGGCUCCUCAAUAUCAAAAUGGCGUCACUGGUCUGAAACCCAGGAAAGACCUUCAUGAUUCACAUUUCGACGUCGAAAAAGUAAGUGGUGUCGUUUUCUCCAGCGUUCGCAGUACACAGAUGAAUAUGGAAAUCCAAGCUUCAAAAUACAUCAAGCAAAUGAAGAAUAUAAGACACACCAUCUGCCCCAUUAUGUGGGUCUCUGGCACUGGGUUAAUGGAUGACAAGACAUGCAAAGAAUUUUGUCAAAUUGCUACCCUUCGUAAUGUAAUGAAUGUAAUUGGAUACGUUCUUCUGGGGGUGGGCGCUUUUGUGUUCCUUCUUACAUUUGUUUGGAUGGUAGUGAGGUCGGAAAAAAAGAAAGAAUCAGUUUUGCUUUCAAGUGACCAUGACAAUGAUGAUGAUGAGUAAAUAUAGCAAUUUACCAUGAACACUUUCAACCGCAGACUCGAAACGUUUCCAGCAAGUUAAACUAAAUAUUUGAAAAUUUGAGUUGUAGAAAAUUCAUGAAUUUUUAGUAACAAAAUAUAUAUUCCCUAAAUUAAAAAUAUGGUAGAAAUAGUAAAGUGUUUUAUGUUAUGUAGAAAACAAAUCUACGUGGAUCAAAACGUUAUUAUAUUUGGAUUCCAUUAGUUAUGUGACAUAUUUGCAUGACAAUUAUCGUUAGACAAAAGCCUAUAACAUUGGAUAGAGUGUGAUACCUUCAGAAAAGCAACACCAAGAAUAUUUCUAUUUGUACUAUUUCGGUAAUUUAUAAUUUUUGCAUGAAUUUUUUUUUCUUCAAAAACGGAGUAAACCAAAUAAAAAUAUGUGUGCCAGCAAUUAUUUUAUUAUCUAAUCGUGCAGUUUGAUUACUUCUUAAAUUGUGCAUAUACAUUUUUUGAUAUUUUAUAUUGCAUUAUUGUCAAAUUAAUUGAAUAUAAUUCAUUAAACUAAUUUUUGAAACCAUAUAUGCCAAAGUUUUGUUUGCUCAAUUUGUUUUGCUCAUCAUGAACCUAGUUCACUUAUGAACAAUAUUAUUUAAAUGUGAUGUGUCACAUAAGUACUAUGCAUUGUGUUUUUCAGAAGAACUUUCUAUAUUGCAGUAUGUUAACUAACUGAUAAAGUUACCUAAUUAGAUCGUUCCAUCAUAGUGAAUAUAUAUACGGCUCUGAAGCCCUGUUUUAAUGUACUUUUUCCAUCUUUUUGGUCGAUACCUGCUCGAUGGCAUCACAAUUUGUGAAUACUAAAAUUCCGGUACUAGUAAAGAAAACAAGAAUCAACCCUAUUUUAAUACCAAUAUGUCUCGAUUUGCCCAUGAAACUCCCAGUUAUGAACAAUGACAUUGUUCAAUUUAUUUCAAGUGUUAUUCGAAACUCAAUUUUCAAAGGUUCACAGAAUGGAUAUGUCGACUUAUGCUUUAUUAUCAGCAAAUUUUAUUCGAUGUUUAUAAAAUGAGGUAUACUACUUGAUCGUGGUCAUUUUGUUUGCAUUGUGUCAAAACACGGUAACUGUACAAUUUUUAUUAUUGCAUGAUUGAUUAUAUAUUAAAAAGAAAAUAUAUCAAUGCCUGUGCUGAUUA